GCGGCGCUACUAGGACUACACAUGGCGGACGUGACUAUGGUCCAGUCAGGGGGCGCGCAGUUCAGCUCUCCCCCGGUGAAGAUGCUGGCGGCCCAGCUGAAGCAGUGUAAGAAGCGCCCGGGGGCGCCGCCCUCCUUCUGGCUGGAGAGGCCUGCUGGUGGCGGGCAGCUGGAGGUCAGCGUGGUGUGGAUGCAGGGCAGUGUCGUCCAUGUGCGGCCUGAGCGUGGGACUACCCUGCGCCUGACUGACGACACCCACACCUUCACUGUGUGCGGGGCCGAGAGGGUGCCCAAGGGGCAGCCGUGCCUGGAGCAAGGAAAGUACGUGAUGGUGAUGGGUACUGUAUUAUCCUGCAGCCCCGAGCCCAUUCUUCGUGCUGUGAAGAUCAGUGACCUCUCAGAAAAUCCUGUCCACCGUUCUAUGUGGAAAUACGAAGUGGAGGAUCUACAUAUGAAUGUUAGAUACAGCUAAUAGUGGAAUAGUGACUUUAAAAUGACUGCGCUUGAGGCCGUGUUGUAGGAAACAUGGUUUUCUGUGCCUUUUUGGAGGAAUAACUUUGUUGGCGCUGAGUUUUAUCAGCGUGUAUAGCGUUUGCACUUUAUGUAAUUACUGUAUAUGUCAUGUUUUGUAAACUGUGAAUAAACAAUGUAACUUUGUAUA